AUGGAUCAUGUGGAUGUUCGCGUUGUUGGAGGGAUUCUGUCUGUAGAGGAUGUUGUUCAACAGUUGAUCAGCUACAAUGAAGAGCAAUGCCAAGAAUCGUUUCUUCAGGGCUUUCAUGUUUGCAUGAUCUGUUUCAGUGAGUACAAAGGCAUCGACUUCAUAAAACUUCCAUGCCGUCAUUACUUUUGCCGGAAUUGCAUGGAGACAUACUCACGGAUGCAUGUGAAAGAAGGAUCAGUCAUGAAAAUUGUGUGCCCUGACAACAAAUGCGGAGGUUUUGUUCCUCCUAAUCUACUAAAGAGGUUGCUCGGAGAGUCAGAUUUUGAAAGGUGGGAAAGACUGAUACUUGAAAGGACUCUAGACGCAAUGGCUGAUGUAGCCUACUGUCCAAGAUGUCAGACAGCUUGCCUGGAAGAUGAGGACAACGCCCAGUGCCCCAAGUGCCUCUUCAGCUUCUGCACCCGCUGCAGAGAUCGUCGUCACAUAGGGGAGAAAUGCCUUACUCCAGAAGAAAAACUUCUCUCCUUGCAGGAACGUGAAAAGGUACGCCACUUAAACAAAGGCGGUACUGGACCUAGUAAAUUGGUGGAUGAAUUAUCUAGUAUCAAGGAAAUACUUCGUUCUUGUGUUCCAUGUCCGCAUUGUGGUACUGGCAUCACACGUGUGUUAGGCUGCAACCAUAUGCUUUGUAAGAACUGUGGUAAGUUGUUCUGCUAUGGCUGUGGCAAGCCACUAACUCCUGCUCAUACAAGUGAACAAUGCAGAAUCGAUUAUGAGAAGCGGACAGCAAAGGUGGAUUUGGUUGACGCUGUCAAAGAGCUACAGAAAAAACUGAAAGUGGGUGGAUACAAACCGCGUCCAUGCCCGAAUUGCCACCUGAUAACUUACAAGCUGGGAAACAACAACCAUGUCUUCUGCGAGGGAUGCCAGGUUCAUCAUUGUGCUCUGUGCCGGAAGGUGGUGCGGAAGAGCUCGGAGCACUAUGGCCCUCGAGGGUGCAAGCAGCACACUGUCGACCCCGAGGUUGCUCGGGCUAGACCAAAGAAGAACGAUGACUCUCAAUCAGAAUCCUUGUGA